CCAGAGAUGCCCAAACCAGUAAAACCACACCACUGCUCCCAGUGUGGAAAGAGAUUUAUCCAGUCAUCACAUUUGAAAGAGCAUAAGAGAAUACACACAGGAGAGAAGCCUUUCCAAUGCUCCCAGUGUGGGAAUAGUUUUACCCGGUUAAGGGACCUGAAUAGGCAUAAAUUAAUACACACAGGAGAGAAGCCUUACCACUGUUCUCAUUGUGGACAGAGUUUUAGGUGGUUAGUGAGCCUGAAAACACAUGAGAGGACACACACAGGAGAGAAGCCUUUCCAAUGCUCCCAGUGUGGAAAGGGUUUUACACGGUUAGAGAAGCUGAAAGAACAUAAGAGAAUUCACACAGGAGAAAAGCCCUUCCAAUGCUUGCAGUGUGAAACGAGAUUUACCCAGUCAUGGCAUCUCAAAGAGCAUGAGAGGACACACACAGGAGAGAAGCCUUUCCAAUGCUCCCAGUGUGGAAAGAGUUUUACCCGGUUAAGGUACCUGAAUAAGCAUAAAGGAAUACACACAGGAGCGAAGCCUUACCACUGUUCUCAUUGUGGACAGAGUUUUAGGUGGUUAGUGAGCCUGAAAACACAUGAGAGAAUACACACAGGAGAGAAACCGUUCAACUGCUCUCAAUGUGGAAUUACUUUUACCUUGUUAGGGAGCCUGAAAUCACACCAGAGGACACAUGAUGGAAGCCAUACCACUGCUCUCAUUGUAGAAAGAGGACCUGAAAUCACAUGAUAGAAUAUAGAGGCUGGGGCCAUAUUUGCGAACAUAAGCAAGCAUUUAAAGUUAAAUGGGUUUUCACGCACAAAAUGCGUAUCAGCCAAUGAAAAGCGUUGAUUUACUUACAUGUGACCGACCGCUAAUUUGUAGCUGGUCCCAUCAGAUAACAUUAGCCCUAUGCUAACCUCCCCAGGUGGCAGUGAUUACAUCCUGGCACAACUUCUGCUUCAGCCUAUCAAAUAUCUUAGAUUUUCAAUACACCAACCAAUGGUAUUUCUUAAAAUAGGUCAACCCUGGGCACUAGAGGGAUUUUUAAACCUACAAAUGUAAGGUUUACUUGUUCCGUUGGUGUGUAACAAAAUGUUGUGUGCCAAUAUUGCACUGAUGCAUCCUUAACUAGGCUACUAACUACUACUAAUGUUAGACAACAUUUUCGCAUAUGACAAAAUAAUCAAAAAUGUUGUUAAUCUGUUUCACACACAUCUGUGUGCUUUUAUGGGAAAAAGAUCAAUCACAUCCUUACAAGAAAGUUUAUCCUACGUCGUUAAAUCCAUAAGGCUCUUAGUUUUUGAUCCAAUACUGUAGCGGUCAUGUAUUUGUAUUUAUAAUGUCAUCAUCACUUCUAGGUGGCACACAUUGCUAAAGCUUUUUAACCCUGGGUUCAAGUCCCCCUCGCAUCAAGCUUUUUAACCCUGGGUUCAAGUCCACCUCGCAUCAAGCUUUUUAACCCUGGGUUCAAGUCCACCUCGCAUCAAGCUUUUUAACCCUGGGUUCAAGUCCCCCGCGCAUCAAGCUUUUUAACCCUGGGUUCAAGUCCACCUCGCAUCAAGCUUUUUAACCCUGGGUUCAAGUCCCCCGCGCAUCAAGCUUUUUAACCCUGGGUUCAAGUCCACCUCGCAUCAAGCUUUUUAACCCUGGGUUCAAGUCCCCCGCGCAUCAAGCUUUUUAACCCUGGGUUCAAGUCCCCCACGCAUCAAGCUUUUUAACCCUGGGUUCAAGUCCCCCGCGCAUCAAGCUUUUUAACCCUAGGUUCAAGUCCCCCGCGCAUCAAGCUUUUUAACCCUGGGUUCAAGUCCACCUCGCAUCAAGCUUUUUAACCCUGGGUUCAAGUCCACCUCGCAUCAAGCUUUUUUGUUGAGGAAAAAAACUGUUCAAUGUCAGUCCUUAACGCGCGACUCAAAAACGCAUGUGACGAAGUGGAUUAUUCUAAUAAUGCAUAAACUAUAAAAUAUUGUAGGCAUGUAAGAAUACACUAAUGACAGCCAAGUGUUAUUAUAAAAAUGCACAGAAACGUCAACCUACAUUUAGGUGUACCAGCCCAUGUAGCCUAUGAUGCAAUAUGAUUAUUAGGCAAUAGCAGUGUGUUGCUGAAGAAAAGCUCCUUAUUAAAUUCAUUCUUCAUUCUUCAACACAAUACAGGUGAUGGUUACACGUUGCUUUGUUGAUCAGAACAUGCUGUUGGACUGAGGUAUGUUAAGGACCAUCCAGGAACAAGUGUUAGAACAGGGCCAACUACUUCAACGAUUUUAAUUGGCUGACGCCAGGAUAUAAUCAGUGCCACCUGUUGAAGUUGGCGUAGAGCUGAUGUGGACCGGCUACAAUUUAGCGUUUGGCCAUCAGCGCAUUUCAUUGGCUGAUAAGCAUUUUGUGUGCGAUAACCCAUUUUGUACUGAACAAAAAUAUAAAUGCAACAAUUUCA